AUGGAAUCUGUAGUUUCUCUUGUUGUAACUGAAACAUUAGACAGUGGUUUACUAGGGGAAGGCAUUCUGGACAUAAUACACCAUGCAUGGAAACACCUGCUCCUUCCUCCAGAUGAAAAGGAAGGAGGUGGAAGAGUAAUUCCUAGCGGAGCCACAGUGUUUGCGAUGUUAAUUGAGUGUGAACAUAUAAGGAAGCAUCAUAGCGUAAUUUCCAAGUCCAUUGGUGGCGUACUUCUAGACUUCACUAUUGUCAGUCCAUCAGUCAACCUAAUGAGCGAUAGUGGUAUAACGGAUGUGCGAACUUUUUUCUCGGAACCAUACACAUCAGAAGAAAUCUGCUCUCUUCCUG